UGUAAAAAUUUAAACAUGGACUCUACUAUACUCCUCAUACGCCCGGUCAUAGCAUUGAUAUAACAUGAACACGUGUCCAUAGAUCAGAUUAUUUGUUGACUGUCUCGGUCGGUGAACUGAAGUCGAUUUUGUUUCACGCUCUGAGACACAAACACUCUCAACAGGAUCUACCUAGUACUACCCAUAGGCCAUGCGUUUUAUUUUACAUGCUCUAGUUCUUCGAAUGAAAAGUGUGACCAGAACUAGGGUAUAAAUUAUCAGGUUUUAAAAUCGGGAAUAAAGUCGAUUGAAGAAACAGAUUUUAUGUUAACAAAUUAAUACAUUUGAAUUAAGAUAUCAAACAGUCCAAGAAAAUGUUGAGCCGGUUUAUUCAACCUUUAUCCUUAGCUUCCAAACAGAUUGCUAGAGCUUCUUAUUCCCAAAGUUCAGCAGCAGUCAAAAUAGGUGCCAAAUCUGAUGCAGUGUUUGCAAGAGAAGACAAAUAUGGAGCCCAUAACUAUGGUCCACUACCUGUAGCUCUUUGUCGUGGUGAAGGAGUACAUGUUUGGGAUGUUGAUGGAAAUAAGUAUUAUGAUUUUCUCAGUGCUUAUAGUGCAGUUAAUCAAGGUCAUUGCCAUCCAAAAAUAAUUAAAGCUUUAAAAGAUCAAGCAGAUGUAUUUACCUUGUCAUCAAGAGCAUUCUAUAAUAAUUUACUAGGAGAAUAUGCUGAAUAUAUCACUGGUUUAUUUAAGUAUGAUAAAGUUCUACCCAUGAAUACAGGUGUAGAAGGAGGUGAAACAGCAUGUAAAUUAGCCAGGAAGUGGGGAUAUAGUGUAAAGAAAAUACCUGACAAUAAAGCUAAGAUUAUAUUUGCUGAUGGUAACUUCUGGGGUCGAACAUUAGCUGCCAUUUCUAGUUCUACCGAUCCGUCAAGUUAUUCAGGUUUCGGACCGUUUAUGCCAGGAUAUGUUGUAGUACCAUAUAAUGAUUUAUCUGCUCUUGAGAAAGAAUUAAAGGAUAAAAAUGUAUGUGCAUUUAUGGUUGAACCUAUACAAGGUGAAGCAGGUGUUGUUGUACCAGAUGCAGGUUAUCUGACUAAAGUAAGAGAACUCUGUUCUAAAUACAACGUUCUGUUUAUAGCAGACGAAGUUCAGACUGGUCUGGCUAGAACAGGAAGACGUCUUUGCUGUGACCAUGAAAAUGUACGUCCUGAUAUAGUUAUCCUGGGUAAAGCUCUGUCUGGUGGUGUUCUUCCAGUGUCUGCUAUAUUAGCUGAUGAUGAGGUCAUGUUAACUAUAAAACCAGGUGAACAUGGCUCAACAUUUGGUGGAAAUCCCUUGGCUUGUAGUGUUGCUAUGGCUGCCCUACAGGUUUUGGAAGAAGAAAAACUAGCAGAAAAUGCUGAAAAUUUAGGGCAGUUUUUAAGAUCUGAGUUAGCUACUCUACCUAAAGAUGUUGUUAGUGUUGUUCGAGGAAAAGGAUUGUUAAAUGCUAUUGUUAUCAAUCCUAAGUUUGAUGCGUGGGAAGUUUGUGUUAAACUACGUGAUAAUGGUUUACUGGCUAAACCAACUCAUGGGGAUAUUAUACGAUUUGCUCCGCCACUCAACAUCAACAAAUCUCAACUAGAAGAAUGUAUUAAAAUCAUCAAACAAACUAUUCUCUCAUUUUAAAUAUACAACUAUUACCCUUUAAGACGUCAGUGUGUAACUAAUUAUAUUGUGUUCAGAUCUGUACUUAAAAAUAAGAAUUAUGUACUUAUGUCUGGCAACAAAUUCAUUAUUAUAUUUAAUUCUGAUAUUUUGUAGGUGAAAACUGAUAGUGUUUUGUUAAUUGAAAAACUACAAUAAAAUCAGUAAUAACACUUUUUAUAUCUGAGUAAUGUACAAUAAUAUCAGUACUAUAUAAAUUUGAAAUCUGGGAAUUCUAAAAAUUUGCAUAUUUGAACUCAAAACUAAUAAAUAUAGAAAGUGUGAUACAAAUUAGAUACAAAUACAAAUUGAAACAAUGAACUGAAUGUUAAUGAAUUGAUCCUUGGUGUAGGAUAUGUGAAUGUCAUUUAACUCUGUCCUUUUUGAUUAUGCUUUGGUGAUUUUGUGUUAAAAUGGCUGUAUUGUCUAAUACUCUCACAGAUAGUGUAUAUUUUCUUUAUUUUGAUAGAUAUAUACUGAAAUCUAUUUUCUAUAUAUAAAUAAUAUAUCCCUUAUAUACAAAUUUGGUUGAUGCUUUAUAUAUACACAUGUAAGCUUUAAUAUACAAUUUAAUAAACUUAUUAAUACUGAUAUUUUACAAAUAAUAUUACACAUUUGUGUAAUUAAAUGUUUUAUACAUAAAUUUACAUUAUCUUUUUCUCUCUUAAUUAGAUUUCCGUGAUUGAUCAAAAUAUUUGAGAUGUACAAGUAUUAUUCACAAUACUGCAUAGUUUAUUAUUAUUAAAAUAUCUCUGAUUGUUUCUAUAUAUUCUUUUCAAAAUCUAAAUGGGUGAAGGUGGGGGAUGGCCGAAUGGUGUGUGUGUGCUGUGUCAUAAGGUCUGUCAUUGAGUCAACCGGCGUGGUUUUCAUUCCCUGGUUGUACGUGACAAGGAGUAGGGUCGCCUGUCCAACCUCGUGGGUUUUAUUGAAAUAAAAUUGAACCAUAUGUUAGUCCCGAAAUGACCUAGUUUGUGUUGAGUGUACCAUGGACCUUAAACCUCUCUCUUUUGCAAACUUUUCAGCUUUAAUGAGAAUGUGUGGCUUUUCUUUACUUUUCUUUGUAACUCAACCAUUUUUCGAGUGUUAAGCAAGCAAAAUACUCAAAAUCCUUAUCUUAAUUGUUAUAGAGAUGUGUGUGUGUGUGUGUGUGUCCUGGAUAACUGCUAGGAUUUUAUUAUUAUUGUGAUACAUGUAAUCCCAAACUGUUGGUUGAUCUCUUAGGAAGGGAAGCUUCCACUUGAAGUGGUUUUUUUUACCUCCAAAAACCUAUUUAUGUAAACCUAUUUCUUGCAUUGUUAGACAGUGUAUUUGACCUUUUCUAGAAGACCUUAUUUUACUCAGAAAUUUAACUUGCUGAACAAUGUUUUUAUUAUUUUUUUUGUUUCAUUAUUUCUUUUAGUUAAUUAGUUAUAUGAAUGAAAUAAAUUGGGGAACAUGUUGAAAGAAAACCAUAUCAUACUACUAAAGUUGUUGAAUAGAUAAUAGUGCUAUUUUUGUUAAAUUGUUAUGAUUACCAAAUGAUUAAUAUAAUUAUAAAUAGUGUUCUUUUGUUGAACUAAAAGUAUUAUUUGUAUUAAUAUAUCAAUACAUAUAUA